CGUCAUUUGGACAGGCCCCUUUCGUCCCUCUUUCUGUUGCGCCGAACGAGCCACUAAGCAGCACGCGAGCGACUGCUACUGCCUGCCUGCCUUGCCCGGCACCACACAGACGCUCUCCCACCACCAAACACCCCGACGUCAGAUCGACGACAAUUGCACGCCGCCGCCCGUCUGCACUCUGCCCACGACAAAGGCCCGCGCUGCCCUGCGUCGCACACUGCCACUGCGCGUCUAGAUCAGCCACACCGGCCUGAAAAUCCAAACACAAACCACCUCAUCGACCUAACACCCGAGCGUCAAGCAGCACCCCCACUUUAUACCGUCCUGAUCGAAAUUCCUGCUCCCUCGACCUGCACCUCGCAGAGCAGACCACCUGCAAAAUGGGACAGACGCUCUCGGAGCCCGUUGUGGAUAAGAAAUCAGACGAAGGCCAAGAUGACCGCGUCGCCUUUGGCGUCAGUGCCAUGCAGGGCUGGCGCAUCAGCAUGGAGGACGCCCACGCCGCCAUCCUCGACCUACAACCCCUCGAAGGCGACAAAGAGCUGAAACCGGCAGCCUCAGACGUGCGGAUAUCAUUCUUUGGCGUGUACGACGGACAUGGAGGAGACAAGGUAGCACUGUAUACCGGAGAGCACCUGCACGAGAUCGUGGCAAAGCAGGACUCAUUCAAGAGCAAGGACUUUGAGCAAGCGCUCAAGGAUGGCUUUUUGGCCAUUGACCGGGCAAUUCUCAGCGACCCCAAAUACGAAGAGGAAGUCUCGGGCUGCACAGCUUCGGUGGGCAUCAUCACGCACGACAAAAUCUUUGUGGGCAAUGCCGGCGAUUCGAGAUCUGUUUUGGGGAUCAAAGGGCGCGCAAAACCUUUGUCGUUCGACCACAAGCCGCAGAAUGAAGGCGAAAAGGCCCGUAUAUGCGCAGCAGGCGGCUUCGUCGACUUUGGCAGAGUGAACGGCAACCUUGCACUCAGCAGAGCCAUUGGUGAUUUUGAGUUCAAGAAGAGUGCAGAUCUCCCACCGGAGCAGCAGAUUGUCACGGCAUAUCCAGAUGUGACUGUGCACGAGAUUGGCGACGAGGAUGAGUUCCUCGUCAUUGCCUGUGAUGGAAUCUGGGAUUGCCAAUCUUCGCAAGCGGUCGUGGAGUUCGUCCGAAGAGGCAUUGCUGCAAAGCAAGAGUUGCACGCGAUUUGUGAAAACAUGAUGGACAACUGCCUGGCGUCCAACUCGGAAACCGGUGGUGUGGGCUGUGACAACAUGACUAUGAUUGUUAUUGCUCUGCUCCGUGGACAGACUAAGGAGGAGUGGUACAAGAAGAUUGGCGAGCGAGUCGCAAAUGGAGACGGGCCUUGCGCGCCUCCCGAAUACGCCGAGUUCAGAGGACCUGGGAUGCAUCACCGCUUCGACGACUCACCUGACGACUAUGACAUGGAUAUGGACCAACGAACACGAAUGCUAGGUCGGGGUGGGCGAAUUAUCCUUCUCGGUGAUGGUACUGAGAUUGUGGCAGGUCACGGUGGCGACGACGAUGUCGACAUGGAAGAUCGAGUGACCGAAGUGGACGACGCGUCCCUGGAAGAGACAGACGAAGAGGCGGUGCAGAGGAACCAGCAGAAGAACAACGAAGACCGAAGUCAGAGGGAGGGUACACCUGCGCCGCCCGCCGCUGGCCAAGACAGCAACACGCAACAGCCGUCUGGCCAAUCUGGUGCUAUGCCAGACAAGAUCCUACCCGUCCUGGACGACAAGCCGAGCGCGAGCACAUCCGGCGGGCAAGAUGGCAACGAGAAGACGAAGUGAUGGAUUUCAAUGACAUUAAUCAAGUUUGCAUUCCAAGGCAAGAUUCUUCAUGGAAUUGAUACCCUUUUGCGAGACGAGACCCGAGACCCAGCACGACUAUGACCAACAAAACUCAUCAAAUUCAAGAACUCCGACCUUUCUUCUCCCUCUUCUCCUCACUUCGCUCCAGCCGGAGCGACAACACCCAUAUGCGCCAUUGCCCUCCUCCCGUACACUCAGUCCACCAUACCUCAUCCGCCUCCAACACAUCUGCUGCAUUCGAUCAACCACAAAAUCAAUAAAUCCCAAGUACAGAACGCGAGACGACGUGGCAUCAUGGAAUCAGAGAGCGGUGUUUCCUAAUUUACGAGAUGAAUGCGUUCCGUGUGGGCGCAUUGAAGGCAGGCUUGUUUCUUUUGGUGCGAUGAAUUGUGCACGUGAAGUGGUUGAUUGACUUCGGCUGUGUACAAAGGUGAUAUUGGAAGGUAGCGAACACCGCAUAUUUUCUACGUUGAUUGAACUCAAUGUGCUGUCGUCCGACUUCCUUCUUUGCUUGGACAGAGGCCGUACACGCGCUGCAGUGUCUUGUAUGUACGUACCGUGUACUCGGCCUCAGGACUGUUCCUCCGUC